CAAUCGCUCUUACCAGCGGUUUAAUAUUAGGCGAUGACCUAAACAUCUAAGGUAUUUUCAAUGCGACACGAUCGAAGGCUACGUAUGUAUGUAUGUACGUGGAACGACGUUCGAAGCUUUCGUGCAACGAAAUUUUACGAGCUUCGGUGUCAUGAUUGCGGUAUUGAGGGAACACUGUGCACUGAAGUGGCGAAGAAGUACGGUUUCCACGACAUAAUAUACACGGACGUGAUCCAGCACGAAAUGACCAAGCGUACGGAAAAGGCGUUGACGUUGGCGCGUUUAGUGUCGAGGGGUCAACUGGUGCCGUCGAACGUGCUGGUGGAAUUGAUAGCGAUUGAGAUGCUCGAACAUUUGAACAAGAAAGGGUUCAUCGUGAGCGGAUUUCCCCGGGAGAAAUGCCAGGGGAAGUUAUUCGACAAAGAGGUGCGACCGCCUGAUCUCGUCCUGAUGCUGAACGUUCGAAACUCCGUGAUGAGCGACCGGAUGAUGGCGAGAAGCGUGAAAGCGACCGAGAGAUUUUCGACGAACUUUGAGAACAUUAAAGCUCAGAUCAAGGACUUUCACAAACGAAACAAGCCGUUAGUGAAAUAUUAUGGCACGUUGGUGGUGGUGAUUGACGCCGAGCCUGAAACGAUGAUCGUAUUCGAAAGGGCCUGCCAAGUAAUCGACAAUGUUCUAGUGAAUUUCCCAGGUUUCGAAACGACUGCUACUGAACAGUAG